AAGUUUUUAUUUGAAAGCUGUACUAAUUUUAAUUGGAAUAUUUUAGCAAAUGGUAAUUAAAAAUAGUUAUUUCACAAUCCGAAAAUACAAAACGGACUUACCGGAAGUAAACAAACAUGUAGGUAAUUCAGCAAAAGUGCUAGUUAGUAUGAAGGAGGGUUUGAAUUCUCCUAACAAGAGAGGGCAUCCAUCUCGUAUAAGGAAGAGGAACAUGCGGUUCUUCAAUGAUGACGAGGAUACCUCCACCUCUCCGGCCAAAUCUAGUCCAAGAAAACAAUCUAGAACUUCAAGUUCUAGAAACUACGUAUCAACAGGAAAUGACAAACGUGUGGCGCAGAUAAUUGGUGUGAGGUUACGUAACCUACUAAAGCUACCGAAGGCCCACAAAUGGGUGUGUUAUGAAUGGUUCUACUCAAAUCUUGACCAACCUCUGUUUCAAGGAGAAAAUGAUUUCCAAGUGUGUUUGAAGGAGUCUUUUCCACAGCUGAAGUUGAAGAAGAUGAGGCGUGUUGAAUGGUCUAAAAUUAGAAGACUGAUGGGCAAACCUAGAAGGUGUUCUUCAUCUUUCUUUGAGGAGGAGCGGGCAGCAUUACAUACUAAACGUCAUAAAAUCCGAUUGCUGCAGCAACGUAAGAUAAACGAGGUGGGAUCUCAUGAAGAUUUGCCAGAGGAAGUUCCAGUCCAUCUUGUUAUAGGAACUAAAGUCACAGCACGCCUACGUAGACCACAGGAUGGUUUAUUCACUGGAGUAGUGGAUGCCUUAGAUACAGUACAUAACACAUAUAGAGUAACUUUUGACAGACCUGGACUAGGCACUCAUUCUAUACCAGAUUAUGAAGUCAGGAGUAGUGAACCAGUAGAGACUAUUCCUUUGUCAGCAUACCAGCAGAAGGCAAGACCCCGCAAUGUUCAACAUCGCACGCAUGGAUCACUAAUGUCUCCACCCAGAUUUAUACCUAACAACUUUACUUCUGGAUAUUCUUUGGACAAUGACCCAUUACUCAGUGGUAGCCCAUUUAAAGGACAAUUGAUGAGCAUUGAAGGAGGAACAUAUGGUGGAUUCCCCAUCAAAUUUCUUGUUCUUGUGACACGUCUGUCAAAGAUAUUAGAUAUAAAGAAGGAAUGGAUCAAACAGUUAAAGGAGAUGAAUACGGAGGCAGAAAAACGGGUACAUGUAAAUAAAUCAUACCAACAGCCCAUACCUCCAGAGUUCCAGAAGAAAUAUGCUAAUAUAGUGCUAGAGCUUGAGAAUUUAAAUAAAGACCUGAACGAGUAUUUGGUGGGUGUACAGCAAUAUUGCCAUGAUAUAGCACCAGAGCAAGGGUUGAAGCCUAUAGACCAGCCAUCAGAGGUCAAGGCCAAAGCUGAUUCUGAGGCAGCUAAUCUUGUCAACAAAAUUACAAAUAAUAUGUUCCACAAUAAAAGAUUAGCCAAAAAUGAACCAUUGAUGGAGCUGAUUGGAAAAUUAACAUCUCUUAUGUUACAGAUAAAGACAUUCUCAGAGAAUGAGUUGAAUUCCUUUGAGUUUAAAUCCUUACAAGACACUCUGACAGAGGUCAGGUCAAAAUUGGAUGGAAAUAAUAUAAAUUCUUUCAAGAACAAUGUGGAGAUUCAUAUUAACCAUGUACAGAGUGGAUUGAGUCAGAUGGGAAACCUCCACGCCUUCUCUAAUACACACUUUAAUGUCACGUGACACCCAGAUCUGUAUCAUGUGACACUUUGGAAACUAUAGUCAUGUGACUUAUACUUUGUCAGUCAUGUGACAUGUCAUGUGACAGUUAAAAUAUGCAUCAUGUGAUGCCAUGAAAUCUGUAUAAUGUGUUAUGUCAUAUGUGCAGUUAUAAGCAGAUGAUAUAAAAAAUUCUGUACAUAGUUAACUGGUAAAUGUGCAAGAAAUUGACUGAUAAGCAAAAUGGUAUGUGCAAAAAUAUAAUUUAAAAAGAGAAAAAGAAAUUGAAGAAAAACAGGUGAUAUCUUCUAAGCUCUUUCAACCUCAUAAUUUAGAGAGACCCAAGAAUACCUUAAUGGUUACAUUAGAUCUAGUAUAAUUUUCAUUUUUGUAAAGUACAUGUACUUGCCUAGUCUCAUAUACAUAUAUGAUAAUUGGUCAUUUAAAAAUACAGCCACAUGCAGGUGCUAUUUGUUAUUAAGAAAUUAAAUUAAGGAUAUUACAAUUCUGAAAGUUGUUGAAAUAGGAAAAUUUAAUGUUAUAAUGUUGUAUAAUAAUUUGUAAAUAUAAUUUAUGUACAGUUUUAUUGUAAGUGUAUAAUAAAUGAAACAUACAUA